AUGGAAUUCAAUGGCAACACAACUGCUACUACUACAACACCACCUUUAAGUUUCACUUACUCUCCAUUGAUAUCUACUUCUUCCUCUCCACAAAUAUCUUCUUCUCCUGCUACCUCUCCUACUACCUCAUCUCAUCCGGCGCCCCCACCAGCUAUCGUUGUUAGCCCAUGUGCCGCCUGCAAGAUCCUCCGACGCCGAUGUGUGGAGAGGUGUGUUUUAGCUCCAUACUUUCCUCCGUCGGAUCCUAUAAAGUUCACUACAGCCCAUAGAGUCUUUGGAGCCAGCAAUAUCAUCAAGUUCUUGCAGGACCUUCCAGAAUCUCAGAGAGCAGAUGCAGUGAGCAGCAUGGUUUAUGAAGCCAAUGCCAGGCUUAGAGAUCCAGUAUAUGGCUGCGCCGGAGCAAUCUGCAAUCUUCAGAAACAAGUCACUGAGCUCCAAUCCCAACUAGCCAAGGCACAAGCGGAGAUCACCAACAUGCAAUGUCACCAAGGCAAUUUGAUUGCCCUAAUUUGCAUGGACAUGAGUAGUACUACUGCUACUAACACACAGCAAUCUAAAGAAGCGGUACUAGUACCCAUUUUGCAGCAGCAACCAUAUUCUAAUAUCCAUAUCGAUACGAAUUGUUUUCUUGAUGAGAACAAUCUGGACACUGCUUGUGACUGGGAACCUCUUUGGACGUGAUUAAACAGUGUAUCAUUUUGAACGAUCAAUGAUCAUGGGAAAUUGGGGAUGUAGCUAGCCAUUAUGUUGAGCCUGUAAACUACUGCGGAUAUCAAAGAGAUUAAG